AUGGGUCGCAAGAGAAAAACGAUUGCAUCACAGCACAAAGGUGUAAAGCAUGUCUUGCCUUCUAUUGAACUCUCUGAGAAACAAACAGACAGUUCAGGUUCUUUAAGUACCCCAAACGUCUCAAGUGUCUCAAGCACAUCAAACAGUUCUCAAAUAGAAUCAAAUAAACAAAUUUUCCAAAAACGCCUUUCUUUGACUAUUAGAACUACAGGCUUUGGUGGGCACGUGAAAAAUGAUACCAAAUGGAUAGAGGCUCAGAGAUUCUGCCGACAGACAAGAAGUAACAUCAUCCAACGUAUUAAAGAUUCAAUUUAUACUGAGUUUGAGGAUCUCAUAAAGCCAAAAAGGGAAAAUUGUCAAGUUACACGUGAUAAAGAAUUGAGAUUCAAAAAUUCAAGAAUCAUACGUGAAUGUUAUGCAAAAUUAAAUAGGCCUGUUAAUGUUGAGGAUGACCCAAAUUACACAUAUCUCAACUUUAUACUUGAUCAUGUAUUUCCAGAUCCAAAAACUGAAAAAAAUUUUAUUGCAUUUGGGAUAGUUGUUGCUCUCAACUAUCUUGACUUAUCAAAAGAGAUAACCAUAGUUCCAAGUGAGGUUGUUCAAAAAAUGAACUAUUUUCUUGAAAAGAUGAAUGUUCCAGAUCAUGAGAAUUGUGAUUAA